AUGGCUGAUCAACCUGAGCAGACCACCAAGGUGCCUGGUGGUCACUACAGUGGUCGCCACAAGGUCCCCAACAUCCAAGAGUUUAUGGCACAGCUGGACACCGAGAAGAAGGAGCGCGACGCCGCCAUUGACGAGCAACUCAAGGACAACAAGAAGGCGGGCGAAAUCAAACCCCACGUUGCCGACAAGCCCCAGGAGAAGGACGUGCGGACGGUCAAGGACCCUGUCACUGGCCGGGAUGUGGGGGUACGCGAUGCCAAGGUCGAUUUCGAGGAGGUUGUCGACAACCCCCAGGUGUCUGUCCCUAACGCCAAUGUCGGUAAGAACACGCCCCUAAAGGUCGAAUCGACAAUGUCUGGCGAGGAGUACCGCCAUGCCCAAGACAUCUCCGCGCCCCCAGAGGCGGACACCAACAUUGCCAGUGACAUGCCCAUCCGCUCCGAGAAGACGUCUGUCCUCUUCUACAAGACCCCAUCGCGCAGCUACGAGCCCAUGUUCGAGCACCUGGAGCAGCGUGGCAACUUCCUCUGCGGAGGUAUUUUCGUCGCCAUAGUGUUCGUUGGAAAGUUCUUUGGCGGCCGUCUCCUGGGCUUGCUGCCCCUAGGGGCCUGCGUGGCGUCUGGCGUCUGGCUCUGGAUCAGAGACCUCAUUCGCCAGGGUCGCGAUAACGAAUGGGCCACCGAGCAGGACCGAGGUGAGGCCGCCACCGCGAACCUGAUCCCCGAGUCAGUGGAAUGGAUGAACACCAUGAUCGGCAUCGUCUGGGGGCUCAUCAAUCCCGAGAUGUUCGCGGCUGUCGCGGAUACACUGGAAGACGUCAUGGCCGCCUCGGUGCCUGGCAUCAUUGAAAAUGUUCGAGUGGCCGACAUCUCGCAGGGCAACAACCCCAUUCGCAUUCUCAACAUGCGCGCCCUGCCAGACUCCCAUGUCCAGGACAUCAAGGACGAGGCGUACAACAAGGCCAAGGAUGAAACUGACCCGGAGGAGCUGGCUGCCAACGAGCAGGCUGGUGACUUUUACAAUCUCGAGGUCUCUCUUGCGUACCAUGCCAAGCCAUCGGGCGCCGAUGUAGCCUCCAAGGCCAAGAACAUGGGCAUGCAGCUCGUCUUCUAUCUUGGUGUCAAGGGCCUUUUCGGCGUUCCCCUGCCCAUCUGGGUAGAGCUUCUCGGUCUCGUGGCGACCGCACGCAUCCGUCUGCAGAUGGUGCCCGAACCGCCUUUCCUCAAGGUCCUGACCUUCACAUUGAUGGGCGUUCCCAAGGUGCAGGCUGGAUGCACGCCCAUGAUCGAAAAGGGCGUCAACAUCCUGAACUUGCCCCUCAUCUCCAACUUUGUCAACUGGGCCAUUGGCGCUGCGGCCUCCAUGUACGUUGCGCCCAAGAGCUUGACCAUGGACCUCAGCAAGAUGCUGCAAGGAGACGAUGUCAAGAAGGAGACGGAGGCGCUCGGUGUCAUCUUCAUCCGCAUCCACAAGGCUGUCGGGCUCAGCAAGCAGGACCAGCGCGGUAGCCGUGGUGGCGGCUCGGACCCGUACAUCACCAUCAGCUGGAGCAAGUUUGGCAAGCCUCAGUUCUGCACCCGCGUGAUCCAGGACAACCUGAACCCCGUCUUCGAGGAGAGUUGUGGCCUGCUGGUGACGAGCGACCUAAUCAGGGCCGAUGAGCAGCUCUCCAUGGAGCUCUGGGACAGCGAUCGCGGAUCGGCUGACGACGUCGUCGGCAAGGUUGAGCUCAGCAUCCAGAAGCUCAUCCAGCACCCUGGCCAGAUGUUUCCCCAGGUAUCCCGCCUGCAGGGUGUCCAGGCCGAGAGCGAAAUGCCCGGCGAGCUUCAUUGGGAGGUUGGCUUCUUUGGAAAAACGCAGUUCCGCAAGGCUCUCCGCACAGAUGGUACUGAUCCUAACCUGCCCAAGGAACUGCAGGACAAGCCCGAGUUCCAAGAGGACAAGGGGGCCAUCGAAACCAAGGAGGAGGACGACGUCAUCCACACCCCCCCUGACCCACUGUGGCCAUCCGGCAUCCUGUCCGUCAUCGUCCACCAAAUCGUCGGUCUUGAGCUUUCCAAUAUCAAGGGGAGCGACGGCAAGCGCAAGGGCAAGGAGUACGAGCCGGCGCGUCCCGAGGCCGGCGAGGUUAAGGAGGAGACCGGCAAAAACCUCCCAAGCUCUUACUGCACCAUCCUCCUGAACGAUGAUUUGAUUUACAAGACGCGUACCAAGGUCGUCUCCUCGCAGCCAAUCUUCAAUGCCGGCACCGAGAAGUUCAUCCGCGACUGGCGCUCCGCCAUUGUCACCAUUGGCGUCCGCGACUCGCGCAACAGACAGCACGAUCCUCUCAUCGGCGUCGUCCCCCUCAAGAUCUCCGACAUCCUUCAAACCGCCAGUCAAUCGAGCCGCUGGUACCCACUCGAUGGUGGCAUUGGUUUUGGUCGCGUCCGCAUCUCCCUUCUCUUCCGCUCCACGGAGCUCCGACUGCCUCCUCAGCAACUUGGCUGGGACAUUGGCACCUUUGAGUUCUUGUCGAACGAGAUCACCGUGACUGGGGGCUACUCACACAACGCCGCCAAGCUCAGGCUCAGGACAGGUGGCUCGUCGGCCAUGGUCAAGAAGGCGCAAAGCAAGAAGACAGAGGACGGCAUGUCAUUCAACCUGCAGCGUUCCGACGACCAGAACGAAACGAUUCGUCUCCCCGUCCGGCACCGCUACAGGUCGCCCAUCUUCCUCGAGAUCACCCCUGGCGGCAAGAGGCAUGCGGAUGCUUUCGCAGCCCUCUGGCUGCUCGAGCUCGUUGACGGCGAGGAGAAGGAGUUUGAGGUCCCGCUCUUCAGGGUCGACAACAGUGUUCGUCUAUCGCAGAGCUACAUCACCCAGGAGAAUUACAAGAGCAUUCCUGACAUUGACAUUGAGGAGAUUGGACGCGUCCGCUUCAAGGGUCGCUUCUCCCCGGGAACGGAUCGGGACCAUAUCCGUUUCGUCAGCGACAACGACUCGCGCGAGACGAUUGAGACAUGGGAGGCUUGCUACGCGGAGGGUGUCCGCGGGCAGGAGGUCGACACGAAGCUGCCGGAGCACAUCCAGAAGCUGCACGAUGAGUCUUUGACGCAUGGUCGAGAUGUCCUCGCCCAAGCUGAUGAGAAGGACAAGCAAAAGUGGAUGGCUAAGGACGGCACUGACUGGAGUGGUGCUUUUGGGAAAGAUCCCACGGAGCUCAUGAGCAGGCGCCAGCCAGAUGCCAGCCAGACGAGUGACGAGAACGAUCAGUACGAAUAUGACGAUGACGACGAUGAUGAUGGUGAUGAAGAUGGCGAGCCUGAUCUGGGUGUCCAAGACGCCGACAAGCAAGAAGAACCGAGGGGCUCCGAAGGCUCGUCCGGGGCCGAACCCCGUCAAUCCACAGCGACGGAUCGGACGGACGCAACGACUUCGUCGCAGAAGUCAAACGGUCCCCUCAGCGCGUACAAGGACUACAAGAGCCGCAGUCGUGACCUGCACCGCAAGCAACGUGGGCUGAUGCAGUGGCGACCAAUGCGAAACGUGCAGUUCGCCAAGGACGAGGCCAAGUAUGCGUUCCGCAAGGUGAGGACGAUUGGAUCGCUAGACGGUCGCAAACCCGAUGUCGAGACAGAACCGCAUGGCCUGUGCCAUUUUGAGAGUCCAAAACUCGCAGCUAUCCGUUCAGUCACGCCCUACGCCUGUACGCCUGCGCGUCGCGAAGCAAUCAGCGCGAUGAACCUUCACAACACGCUCCAACGACGACAAUCGCAUGAGGCCGCCGAUCCCCUCUCCCUGCCACAGGCGCGUCAACAACGCCCUGGUCCCACGGUCGGGGGGUCACAUACGUCCUCCGAAUCGCGCAUUUCCGUGGUCUUGCAGUCGCCGAGCCGACCGCAGGACUACCAGACCACAGCAAUGCCAGGCGAUGAGCGCAUAGUGUCAGACCUCUCCAGGAAAUUCAAACGAGAAGCGGCAGCAGCGUCCUCCCCCACGUCCUCCGUAAAGCAGACGCCUGUUCCCCUGCCGACCCGGCCAAGUAGUCAGCCCACGUCGAAGCGCAGCAUAGGGUCACACACAAGCACGUCGCAUCACCCCCCUGCACCCCGUACAGUCGUCAAGGAGACCCCUGUGCCGAUACCACAAGUACCGACUGUCAACAGAGUUGGUCGGCCCAAAGGAUGGAAACCCGGCAUGUCGUACGCAGCCAUGCGCGGCCAUGCCGCCCCCUCGUCUGCACCCUCUUGCGCCUCUUCAGCACAGGGUAGCGGGAACGGCAUCGUGAAGCGGAGGGGCCGACCGCCGAAGCAGGCCAGCCCGCCGCCACGGGUCUUGUAUCUACGCCUCGCGCCGAAGUUCCUGGUGUUCGGGUGCGAGUGGGAGGGCUGCAAAGCUGAGCUACAGAAUCUGGAUACCCUACGACGACACGUGGACAAGGUGCAUGUACAGCAUGUGGACGAUGGUCUCUGCCGAUGGGGCAAGUGCAGCGGGAUGGACCCACUGGUGAAUCAUGGUUCGAGACUGCCUGCCCAUAUGGAGGAGCGCCACUUGAUACCCUUUGGCUGGCAUGUGGGUGACGGACCGAAGAACACGUUACAAAUGCCCAAGAGGAAGGGCAAGGCACGCGAGGACGGCGUGGAAGACCACCAGUCUGGUGACGGGGAGGAGGAUGAGGAGGCAGAUGAGGAAAUACCGAGUUAUCUGAAGGAUCAGGACGGCUACCAGGUCACGCCGUCGAUCAAAGACCAGAAGCUGGAAGAUUACCUCACCGAGAAGGAGAACAGGAAGCGUCUCAGGAGGUUGCUUAUGGAGAGGGAGAGAAACCUGCCUGACGAGGAGGAUGAUACGGGGACACAGUCGCAAGGGGCUGACGGGAUGUAG